UCAUUAGACAUUUUAAAAAUAGCCUGGUAGAAUUAUUGUUCUAAUUAUUUAUAUUAACAUGCAGGUAUCAAUGACUAAAUCUUUUGAAAAAUGCUUCAAGUCUUUUACAAGGUUUAAGGGUAAUCUGUCAGACCUGCUCAAUGAAACUUAUUGAAUCUUUUACCAAUGUCAGAGUAUCUUUUGUAAUUCAGACUUCAUCAUCUGUUGGAUCAGCACCAACUUUGGUUACCAUGGUAACAUCAAUGCCCACAGCUGUCACCACUUCUGGUUUAUCCUUCACUUCAUCAUCACCUUCAUCAUCUACAGUCACAUCAGAGUCAGUGACUUCCCCCAGUACUGUUAUCACUGGUUCAGGAGGACUCUUAUCCCCCAUCAUAGGAAUCACCCCCUUUGUACAGGGAGGAGUAAAGACUCAACCUGGAUCUAACAUCAGACAGCCAUCCUCUGUUCCUCUUCUACAGAUCCAGGGACAGCCUGGUAUACAGUUAGUGGGUCUCCCUCAACAGAGGGCGCCAGGGAAGUCAGGAACAGGGGUCGUGACCUCCCAGUCUGGUGGUAAACCAGGGUCAUCCCUACCGACAACAGUGCAGCUGACAGCACAAAACAUUUCCGGACACCAGUUAGCUACCCUGUCUCAGUUCAAACCUAACACACCACAAGGGGGCGCAGUUCCCCAACAACAUAUGCUACAACUACAGCAGCUUCAGUAUAAACAGCUACAGCAGAUCCAAAUCCGUCAGCCGCAAGCUGCUGCUUCUCCACCUGUUAGUAAACCCAAGAGUAAGAAACGGACCACACCAAAACCCAAAACAACACAAACAACACCAAGACAACAGGAAACGGACCACACCAACCCCACCCAAACAGUAGAAACAAACAACCCCACCCAAACAGUAGACAAAAACAAGCCCAAGACAACAGGAAACGGACCACACCAACCUCACCCAAACAGUAGACACAAACAACACCAAGUCAGCAGGAAACAGACCACACCAACCCCACACAAACAGAAGACACAAACACAACAAGAAACGGACAACACCAACCUCACCUAA